GCAGAACGUGUCGAUGUUGAAGAUGACACAGAGGAUAUAUCAGGCAUAAGCUUGAGACUCGUCUUUGGUUUUCCUGUUUGGAUUCUCUCGCUGGCUGAGUGACAUUUAGAUUAUGAAGGAACACGUCUGUCAUAAUCUCUAACCUGGAAGCUUAUCAGUGCCAUUUAAAAAGCUUUAGCUGUUGUUUUUUGUCUUUAUCUGCGCCGGUCUUUCCUCAGGGCUGUUAUUGUGGCCCGACACACGAUCAGCGAUGAAUAAUUAACCCAGAGAUCAGCUCGAGUAAAAGUUUAUUCAGAUCUCACUCUGAUCUCUCUCUCUGAGCGUCUCAGUUUGAUUGUGACGUAACUGGAGGAGAAGUUACUGAGCCCAGCGCCUGUAAUCUGGGAUCUCCUUACAGCAGCAAACAGAGAAAGCUGACAACACUUUCAUAGCUAUGAAAGCACAAUCUCAUUUUUCCCUUCUCAAAAGAUAUUGAAAUCGAUGUGGAUAGUUUCAUCAUUUACUGCGGUUUACAGCUCUGGAAUAUGGUCUCAGUGUAGCCGUGUGUCAUGGCCUGCAGUGUUGCUAAAGCAGGCCCUGCUAAUGGCUUCCCUAUGAAAGCGCAGCUGCAGAUCACGGUGAUCUCGGCCAAACUCAAGGACAACAAGAAGAACUGGUUCGGCCCGAGUCCGUACGUGGAGGUGUCUGUGGACGGCCAGUCCAAAAAGACGGAGAAAUGCAACAACACGCACUCGCCCAAAUGGAAGCAGCCGCUCACUGUGAUCGUGACUCCGUUCAGCAAGCUGAUCUUCCGUGUUUGGAGUCACCAGACGCUGAAGUCGGACGUUCUGCUGGGUGUGGCCACCCUCGACAUCAGCGAGACGCUCAAGUCACAUGACAUGAAGAUCUGUGAGGUGGUGCAGACGCUGCAGCUGUGCGCAGACAGAGAUCAGUCUGAUAACAUCGGCGAUCUGUCCGUGUGUUUGGACGGUCUGCAGGUGGAUCCUGAAAUGUUCCAGUCGGCCGAGGCCAACAACCCGAAUACUUUAAAUGGGGAAUCUGAGCUAAAUGACGACUCAAGCAGAAGCAGAGACCCGUCUCCAUCGGUCACAGAUGGCCAGGAGCAGCCGGCGGCUCCUAACGGCCGUGUGAACGGCAUGGACUCUCCUUCAGCGUCAUCCAGAGGGUCGCGACCCCAGAGACCUCCGCGACCCUCGCGACCUCCGCCACCGACCCCACGCAGACCCACGUCCUCCCCAGCUUCCUCCACCGGCUCAUUUCCUGAUGGCAGCGAUUCGUCCCGUUCAGACACUCCAGUUCGGAAUCCCACUGGAGGCGGAGCCCCGGAGUCUAGUCCCGCCCCCACAGUGGAGCAGCCUGGUAGGACGUCCCUCAGCGUAGUCCCCGCCCCCAGCAGGAUUCCCAGCAUGGUCAACCCUUGUCCGCUGCCAUCUGGUUGGGAGCAGCGGGUUGAUCAGAACGGCCGUGUGUAUUAUGUUGACCAUGUGGAAAAGAGAACGGCGUGGGAGAGACCGGAUUCUCUGCCGACGGGCUGGGAGCGGCGUGUGGACCCGAUGGGCCGGGUGUAUUUUGUGGACCACAUUAGCAGAACCACCACGUGGCAGCGGCCCACGAUGGAGACGGUGCGAAACUACGAGCAGUGGCAGCACCAGCGCAGUCAGCUGCAGGGAGCCAUGCAGCAGUUCAACCAAAGAUUCAUCGUUGGGGAUCAGGCUUCAGCCACCCAGAAUAAGGAGUUUGACCCGCUGGGACCUCUGCCACACGGAUGGGAGAAGAGAACGGACAGUAAUGGCAGAGUUUACUUUGUUCAUCACUCGACCAGAACGACGCAGUGGGAGGAUCCGCGCACACAAGGUUUGCUGAAUGAGAAACCACUGCCGGAAGGUUGGGAGAUGAGGUUUACGGUCGAUGGCAUCCCUUACUUCGUAGAUCACACCCAUAGAACCACCACUUACAUCGACCCACGGACUGGAAAAUCCUCUCUUGAGAAUGGCCCUCAAAUCACAUACGUACGAGACUUCAAAGCCAAAGUUCAAUACUUCAGAUUCUGGUGUCAGCAAUUAGCAAUGCCACAGCACAUAAAGAUCACCGUCAGCCGCAAAACACUGUUUGAAGACUCGUUCCAGCAGAUCAUGAGCUUCAGCUCUCAGGAUCUCCGGCGCAGGCUGUGGAUCAUCUUCCCCGGGGAGGAGGGGCUUGACUAUGGAGGCGUGGCCAGGGAAUGGUUCUUCCUGUUGUCUCACGAGGUGUUGAACCCCAUGUACUGCCUGUUUGAAUACGCUGGCAAAGACAACUACUGCCUCCAGAUAAACCCCGCCUCCUACAUCAACCCCGACCACCUCAAAUACUUCCGGUUCAUUGGACGCUUCAUCGCCAUGGCCUUGUUUCAUGGGAAAUUCAUCGAUACGGGCUUCUCGCUCCCGUUCUACAAGCGCAUCCUGAACAAGCCCUUGGCUCUGAAAGACCUGGAGUCCAUCGACCCGGAGUUUUACAACUCGCUCAUCUGGAUCAAGGAUAAUAACAUCGAGGAGUGCGGGCUGGAGAUGUUUUUCUCAGUGGAUAAGGAGAUCCUGGGUGAGGUGUCGACUCACGAGCUGAAGCCGGACGGCGGGAACAUCCAGGUCACAGAGGAGAACAAAGAGGAGUACAUCAGGCUGGUGGCGGAGUGGCGUCUGUCUCGUGGUGUCGAGGAACAGACUCAAGCCUUCUUUGAAGGAUUUAAUGAGGUUCUUCCGCAGCAGUACCUGCAGUAUUUCGAUGCCAAAGAGCUGGAGGUGAUGUUGUGUGGAAUGCAAGAAAUAGAUCUGAAUGACUGGCAGAGAAACAGCAUUUACAGACAUUACACCUCCACCAGUAAACAGAUCCUGUGGUUCUGGCAGUUUAUUAAAGAGAUGGACAAUGAGAAGCGCAUGAGACUGUUGCAGUUUGUCACUGGUACCUGCCGUCUGCCUGUCGGAGGCUUUGCAGACCUGAUGGGGAGUAACGGACCGCAGAAGUUCUGCAUCGAGAAGGUUGGGAAGGAGAACUGGCUUCCCCGCAGCCACACAUGUUUUAAUCGUCUGGAUCUGCCGCCGUACCGCAGUUACGAGCAGCUGAAGGAGAAGCUGAUGUUUGCUAUUGAGGAGACGGAAGGUUUCGGACAGGAGUGAGAUUCUCUCUCUCUCUCUCUCUCUCUCUCACACACACACACACACACACACACACACACACACACAAAGAGGACAUCCAGAUCUCAUGCACACUAGUUUUCCUGAGAGGACAGACCGUUGAUCUGACACACAGGUGCAUUAUGGGAAAAUGAGGGUUUUUGCGCUCACCUGUCACUUGGUAUUAAUUAAAAGGAGGCUUUAAAGGAGGCUUUAUGCAAGUGUGUCAGAAACGUGACAUGUUUCUACAUGUGAUCAAUCCAGCGAGUGCUGUUCUGAACGACUCCAGAAGAAAGAGCAGAUGGUCUGAAGAGUCCCAGAACGAUUGGAAUGAUUCACCAGAGCUCUGUGAAUGUGUUUUUAUGUUCACAAACCCUUCGACGGGUCUCCUUGUGCCUUUUUUCCUCACUGUCAUCCAAACAAACUGAGUUAUUGAAGUGUAGCACUCGACAGCAGCAGGAUCUUCAGGCGAGAACCUGAUGGCUUGUUGCACAACUGAUCAAAUUGUUCAUUCAAACUGUCAAGAAAUGGCCAGUUUCAUCCCAAAAUCAUUUAGAAAUUGUAUUUUGCAAAACUAACAGGACAAUUAAGGUAUUUGGCAUUGUGACUUUAAAACAUAUUCAUGACAAUUAAACACAUUUUCACAAAUUCUCAUUGUUAUAAUGUGGAAAAAAAUGUCUUUUCCACAUGUUCUUGUAACUGUAAUGUGAAAAAAAGAAACCGUGUAUAUAUAUACUUUCAAUUGUAAGUAAACAUUGUGUUGUAAUUUAACUUGUGCUGAUCUAAACAAAAAAU